AUGGACUUCGAGAAACUGGGUGGAAUUCGCGCUGUCGCUUGGUUAGUGGAAACGCAGCAGGCUCUGGAAAACACCAGUAACCUCACUGCAUCAUCGUCUGAAAGGCUGAAUAUGGUGUUGGAAAACUCCUCAGCCAUUCUGUGCAAUCUUUCCAUAGUGGAGGCCAUGCGUCAACCCCUGCUGAGAGACGCAGUUCUUCCCAGCUUAGUUGAGGCUGUACUUGAUCCCACCGCCUCAGCCUCUUUUAAUGCAUUUCGUUCUCAUUCCGAUCCGCUGGAAGGGCAGCCCUGCUACAACAGCAUCUUCUUUCGGAACAUUUGUGCCCUAAUCAGGUGCGCGUUGUUUAUUUCCUCGGAUUGA